AUGCUAAAAGAUCAGUACAAUGUUCUUCCCUUGAAUCUACCAUAUUGGAAAUCAUCUAAAUACUAUCUUUGGACGAAAUUUACAAUUGCAAGUGGAGUUGUUGGCAUUGGGAUUGUAAGCUUAGCUGUACCUGUAUAUGCAUCAGACUUACAAGCUCAUCCUGCAAAACUACCUUGGAUACACAAUGGGAUAAUAUCUUCUUACGAUCAUGCUUCUAUGCGUCGAGGUUAUCAAGUAUACAAAGAAGUGUGUAGUGCUUGUCACAGCUUGAAGUAUAUGAACUAUCGACAUUUAGUCAAUACAGUACUCACAGAAGAUGAGGCUAAAGCGGAUGCAGCUGAACAUAUGUAUCCUGAUGGACCGGACGAUAAGGGAAAUAUGUUUGAACGACCAGGUCGGUUAACUGAUGUACUUCCAUCUCCUUAUCCGAAUAAAGAAGCAGCGCGUGCUGCUAAUAACGGCGCAGAACCACCGGAUCUGACAUACAUUGUCAAAGCUCGGGAGGAUCAAUUGUUAGAAUUAAUUGAAAAACUCAAUCCACAAGUAGUGGAGAAUGAAACAAUACUAAAUAAUACUUCCCAAUGUUGUAAUGGUUAUGGUAAUAAAAAUGAUAAUACUGAUAAUAAUGUCACUCAUGCAAACAAAACAAGAGUGGGCAGAAAUUCGAAUAGUCCUGUUCCCUCGACUUAUAAACUGUCACAGUCCAAUGGUGUACAACCAUUCAUGCUAAAACAUUUGAUUACACCGAACCCAAUUUUUGGAAAAUUGCUUCAUAUGAACACAGGUUUUCAAGAAGAUGCCGCUGAAUGCUUGACUUAUCUGCUUACACAAUUACAUGAAGAACUGGGUUGUACAGCGGUAGCUAAGAGUACAGAUGUACAUCUUUUGAAUGAUACAGAUCAAAGUCAAAAUGAUUCAGAAUGGAUAGUUACUGGUCGAGCUGGCAAACACUUUCCAGAAGCUAGAAAAAUAGAACUUGAUGGUGGUCAAAGUCCUAUUGCUUCAUUAUUUUGUGGUACACUUGUAACUCGUUCUAAUCUAAGCAAAUCAGAUAGUAGUUACAAUGUUCAUAAUUAUUCAACUGUAAAUAGUCAUGCCAAAAAAUCUGCUAUCAAAGAACCAUUUUUCAUGCUUCAUGUACCUAUAGACAAUCCUCUAGUUAAUUCCGUUGAAUCAGCUUUACGGUAUUUAGCUGAACUUGAAGUAAUAGCGGAUUAUCAUAAUUCUUCUGAUUCUCAAAUAUCAUUGGUACGUCGUCGAUCAAUGAUAGAUCGUCUUCCACCGUACUUAAUUAUACAAUUGAAACGAUUUUAUAAUGAAUCUAAGGUGAAAAAUGUACAAAAUAUCAAUACAUCUGUAAAUAAAUUUAACUCUACUACAUCACAAACAUCUGUAAUUAUUCGUAAACAUUUGAAAUCCGUUAAUAUCCAAUCUAAACUUCUUAUACCAAAAGAACUUUUAAAUCAAGAAACACAUUUCAGUCAUUCACAACGUAAUUAUCGUCUUCAAGCUGUUAUAUUUCAUGUUGGUGAAACAGUUGAAUCAGGUCACUAUACAAUUGCUGUGCGUAUAACUAAUCCCCUGAAAAAAUCAAACAGCAACUCUUCCACAUUUGUCUAUUUUGAUGAUGAUCGUGCUUGUGUGUUAAAUAACGCAGAAAGUAUAAAUCUCCUACUAACCACACAUCAUCCAUUAGAUACAAGAAAUUGUGUAUUCCUUCAUUUGAAAAAACCAAAAACAUUUCAAACUAAUCCUGAACACGUAAUAACAUCAUCAUCAUCUAGCCAACAUCACAGUGCAUUAAACGUUUCUAUCAAUCAUCCACGCACACCGUAUAUUCUUCUCUAUGAAUCCCAAAUAGGAGUUCAUUCGGACACAUGA